GGUGGUUAAACUUUUAAACUAACACUUUGACUGGCUCGGCUAACUGCUGCAACUAAACUACUCCAUCAACCUCGGGGUCACAAACACCGCCCACCGUGAGUGAGCCUCACCAACAAGGCAGACGUUUAGGCGGCCUUCACGUGGUCAGAUCUGUGCUGUGUGUCUGUGUUUGGGUGCGCGUGAAGGAAGGAGCGCGUAUUUGUCGUUGCAUCCUGUUGUGAAAGUGCAACGGAGCGUGUGCUGUUGUGUGUGCGUGUUGUGUGUCUGCGAGGUGUGUUUGCAGUCAGAGCGAGUUCAAGUAUGAAGAGAGGCAAGAACGCAGAGGAGGCGUCUGGAGACGGGGAAAAUGACACGAGUUCUGCUUCUGCAAAGAAAGGAAAGAAGACCAAGGAACCAGAGGCCCCAGUGUUGUAUGAGGAUCCUCCUGACAAAUUGACCAGCAAAGAUGGGCGCAGUGCCAACAUGAAGAUCACCUCCUGGAAUGUGGACGGACUGAGGGCCUGGGUGAAAAAGAAGGGCCUGGAUUGGGUGCGUGAGGAGUCUCCAGAUGUUUUGUGCCUGCAGGAGACCAAGUGUUCAGAGAAAGCCCUCCCUGCUGACAUCACCUCUAUGCCUGAGUACCCUUACAAGUACUGGGCCACGUCAGACGAGAAGGAGGGCUACAGCGGUGUGGCCAUGCUCUGCAAGACCGAACCCCUGAAAGUCACCUAUGGCAUUGGCAAAGAAGAGCAUGACAAGGAGGGUCGUGUCAUCACUGCCGAGUUCCCCAACUUCUACCUGGUGACCACUUACGUGCCAAACGCCAGUAAAGGCCUUGUGCGCCUGGAUUACCGCAAAACCUGGGACGUGGACUUCCGGGCAUACCUGAGCGAGCUGGACAUGCAAAAGCCCCUGGUGCUGUGCGGCGAUCUCAAUGUCGCACACCAGGAGAUUGACCUAAAGAACCCCAAGGGGAACAAGAAAAACGCUGGCUUCACCCCCGAGGAGCGCGAGGGCUUCAGCCAGCUGCUGGAGGCAGGUUUCGUGGACAGCUUCCGUGAGCUCUACCCCGACCAGGCCAACGCCUAUACCUUCUGGACCUACAUGAUGAACUCCCGCAGUAAGAACGUGGGCUGGAGGCUCGAUUACUUUGUGCUGUCGUCUAGUCUGCUGCCAGGCCUGUGUGACAGCAAGAUCCGCAACAAGGCGAUGGGAAGCGACCACUGCCCUAUCACUCUGCAUGUAGCUGUGUAGGUCACGUCUGGUCUGCAAGAGCUACUGCUUUGCAUAGCUGUCACUGUUCUUUAUUUUUAAUAGUACUCCUGUUCCAACGUGUCUAAAAAUAUAAUGUACAGCCCUGUGCUGUUAGUGAAGCAUCGCCUACUUGGGUAUUUGCUGACCUUUCUCAUAGGUGAAGCUCUACCCAAACUCAUGUUUAAGUAGGUUCAGCAGUAGCUUAGUUGUCUUCUGUAUCUAUGAAACUUUCAUAAAAUUUCACAACGCGAUUCAUAAUGCUCAUUCAUCCUCCUUCAUGUAACUAAAGUUUGUCAGGAAAACCCAGCGAUGUAUACCUAAAUUCUGUAAAGACGCAACACUAAAUACUCAACGAUGUCUAAGCUAAAUUUCAAUGACUGAUGAAUGGUUGUAGAACUCAGUGUGGCUCCUGUCUGUACACUGCUGAUACAUGCCAGAGAACCUGCAGCCGUCUUGUUUUUCAAAUAAAAUCACUGCUGUUAAAAGAAAAUGUAACUUGUUCUAGCACAAAAACGUUUUAAGCCUCUUUUUCAAACCAGUGUUAAACUUUCUGUUGUAAAAUGUACCCACAAUAAAGUUCCCCUUGGAUUUAUGUAAAA